CAAUAAUGGAGUUUCCGCACCACCACCACCACCACGGCCAUCGCCGCGACGACGACGAAGACGACCGCAGAGGCCCGCCUCCCCCGGUCUACGGCGGCUACGGCCAGCCACCGCCACCCGACCCGUACGGCCGCGCGCCCGUCGACCCCGAUCCGUACGGUCGACCUCCGCCCCAGUCCGCGUACGGUGGGGCCGGGGACGCCUACGGCCACAGCGGCCAAGGCUACGCGCCCCCGCCGGCCUACGGCGCCGGGGGCGGGUACGGCAACGUCGUCCACGUCGCGCACGAGGUCGGCGACGAGAGGCCUUACUACGGCGGCGGCGGCGGCGGUCUUGGUGGCGCCUACGGAGGCGGUGGCUCCGAGUACGGCCACGAGGGCCGACCGCACCACGGCGGCGGCGGAUCCCAGUACGGCCACGAGACACGCCCGCACCACGGCGGCGGGGGCGGCGCCCCGCCUGUGAGGCAGCAGACGUACAGGAUCUACUGCAAGGCUGGGGAGGACCAGUACAGCCUCGCCUCCCGCGACGGCAAGGUCUGCCUCGUGCGCACGGACCGUGAUGACGACGCGCAGCACUGGAUCAAGGACAUGAAGUACAGCACCAGGGUGAAGGAUGAGGAAGGCUACCCUGCCAUCGUCCUCGUCAACAAAGCCACUGGAGAGGCUCUCAAGCAUUCCCUUGGCCAGUCACACCCUGUUCUUCUGACCCGCCAUAAUCCAGACUCCCUGGACGAGUCUGUCCUGUGGACAGAGAGCAGGGACGUUGGGGAUGGGUUCCGCUGCAUUAGGAUGGUCAACAACAUCUACCUGAACUUUGAUGCUUUACAUGGAGACAAGGACCAUGGUGGUGUGCGCGACGGGACGGCCCUUGUGCUGUGGGAGUGGUGCGAGGGAGACAACCAGCGCUGGAAGAUUGUUCCCUGGUGAACAAGGAAAUGUGUGACCGAGCCCGCACCAAGGAGGAGCUCCUGCCGUAAUAAGUGAAGUGAUUGGUACUGAAGUUUCUGGAAAUAAGAGGCUCUUCUGAGAUGCCUGUUUGUGUGAGUAUUUGCGUUUCCAUUCCGUUUUCAUGAUAAUAAAACGCAUUGAUUAUUAAUAUAUGUAAUGUGAUGCUACACUGAGUGGCAGCGUUGGUAUAUAUUUGUAAGAAUUAAGAACCCAUUGUUGUUGGACUAAGCGUGACGAGUGAUGUACUGAUGUAUGAACCUUUGCUUGAUGCAUAUGCUCUUCUGCUCCUACCGUGGGCUUCGAUGAGUCGAUUAU